CCUCCUCCAACUCAAUCAACAAGUUACACUCCACCACCAACAUCCAAGCCACCAACUUCAACUCCACCAUCCCCUACAUCAAAAGCAACACCUCCUCCGACACCAUCAACAUCAACUCCACCAACCCCUACUUCUGAAGCAUCACCUCCGCCAACACCAUCAAAUAGUUAUAAUCCACCUCCCACAUCAACUCCACUAACCCCUACAUCCCAAACAUUACCUCCUCCAACACCAUCAUCAUCAACUCCACCAACCCCAAGAUCCCAAGCGUCACCUCCUCCGGCACCAUCAUCAUCAACUCCACCAACCCCAUUAUCCCAAGCAUCACCUCCUCCGACACCAUCAACGAGUUAUAAUCCACCUCCCACAUUCAAGCCACCAUCAUCAACUCCACCAACUCCUUCAUCCCAAGCCUCACCUCCUCCACCUUCCAAUUCAACACCACCAAGCCCUUCAACCAACGUAUCACCUCCACCAAAAGAAGAAACAACUUAUAUUCCACCUCCCACUUCCAAGCCACCAACUUCAACUCCGCUAAGUCCUUCACAACAAGCAUCACCUCCUCCUCAAGAAUAUGACACUUAUUCUCCACCUCCCAUAUCCAAGCCCCCAACAUCAACUCCGCCGGCCCCUUCAAUCCAAAAAUCACCUCCUCCAACACCAUCAACGGGUUAUAAUCCACCUUCCAUUUCAAUUCCGCCAACCCCUUCAUCCCAAGCAUCACCUCCUCCAGCACCAUCAAUGAGUUAUACUCCACCUCACACAUCAAAACCACCAACAUCAACUCCACCAACCCCUUCAUCCCAAGUAUCACCUCCUCCGACACCAUCAACGACUUACAGUCCACCUCCCACAUCAAAGCCACCAACAUCAACUCCGCCAACACCUUCAUUCCAAACAUCAUAUCCUCCGACACCAUCAAAGGAUUAUAUUCCACCUCCCACAUCAAAACCACCAAAAUCAACUCCACCAACCCCAUUAACACAAGCAUCAGCUCCUCCGACUCCUUCAAAGACUUAUACUCCUUCUCCCACUUCUAACCCACCAAGUCACACAAUAGUUUCGAGUCCUCCUAAACCUAACAAGGCAUCUCCAGGCCCAUCACCUACCCAAACACCAAUUUCAGCUCCCCCUAAACCUAGCAAAGCAUCUCCAAGCCCAGCUCCAACUCAAACACUAAUUUCGGCUCCACCUAAACCUGGAAAAACAACUCUGGGCCCAUCUCCAAUUCGAACUCCAGUUUCGGCUCCUCCUAAACCUAGCAAAGCAUCUCCAGGACCAUCUCCAACUCAAACGCUAGUUUUGGCUCCUCCUAAACCUGGAAAAACAUCUCCAAGCCCAUCUCCAAUUCAAACGCCAAUUUUGACUCCACCUAAACCUAGCAAAGCAUCUCCAGGACCAUCUCCAACUCAAACGCCAGUUUUGGCUCCACCUAAAUCUGUCAAAGAAUCUCCCGGAACAUCUCCGACUCGAACGCCAAUCUCGGCUCCACCCAAACCUGUCAAAGCUUCUCUAGGCCCAGCUCCGACAAGAGCACCAAUUCAAGCCCCUCAGAAACCUCCUAAGGCAUCUCCAUUACCAACUCCAACUUUAACACCAGUUUCUACUCCUCCUAAACGAUCUCCAGCCCCAGCUCCAACUACAAAACUAAGUUUCCCACCUCAAAAACCACCUAAGCCAUCUCCAGUUCAGGCUCCAACUCAUACACCAAUUUUAGCUCCCCCUAAAUCAUCUCCAAUGCCGACUCCAACUCGAACACCAAUUUCGCCUCCUCAAAAACCUCCUAAGUCAUCUCCAGUUCCUGUUCCGACUCAAACACCAGUUUCACCUCCUCCAAAACCAUCUCCAGUCCCAACUCCGGUUCGAACACCAGUUUCUCCUCCACAUAAACCUCCUAAGCCAUCUCCAACCCCAGCUCCAAUUCAAAUACCGGUUUCUCCUCCACAGAAACCUUCUAAGCCAUCUCCAACCCCAGCUCCAGUUUUGACACCAGCUUCUGCUCCACCUAAACCAACUAAGCCAUCUCCAGCUACAACUCCAAUUUUGACACCAGUUUCGGCUCCUACUAAACCCACUAAGCCAUCUCCAGUCCCAACUCCAACUUCCACACCAAUUUUAGCUCCUCCUAAGCCAUCUCCUGUCCCACCACCGACGAAAUCGUAUCAACCACCACCGCCUUCUACACCAGUUUCAACUCCUCCUAAACCAUCUCCUGUCCCACCAACGGUUCAAUCGCAUCCACCAACACCAACACCCGCACGGUCAUUAACUCCUCCUCCUACUCAUGAUGUUCCUUCACCACCGCCAAGACACGAGGACUUCAUUCUCCCACCAAACAUGGGCUCGCAAUACUCUUCCCCACCUCCGCCAAUGUUCCAAGGCUAUUAA